AUGAACUUAUUCGGAAGCUCCCCCACCGCGCAUACACCUCGCAUCGCUCCCAGCCCUUUAUACGACACUCCAACCUACAACGACGAAUCGCCCGAGGAAUACGUCUAUAGACUCACUGAGGCUGUGAGCAAGGGUGAGGUGGCUGCUGUCUUGGCAUCUAGCGCGGACCCAUUCCACGCGAGAGCACUGCGCGCUUGCAUUGAGCGUUUCAACUUCCGCGGCGAUCCGUUAGAUGUCGCGGUCCGUAAGCUGCUCAUGGAAGUUGGCUUGCCGCGAGAGACGCAGCAGAUUGACCGUGUCAUCGAGGCGUUUGCUGUGCGUUACAUGCAGUGUAAUCCGAGCAUGUACACGUCCGACGAUCAUCCGUACAUCCUCGCGUUCAGCCUGAUCAUGCUGCACACGGAUGCCUUCAACAAGCAUAACAAACGCAAGAUGACGAAGGCCGACUACAUGAAGAAUACGCGGCUCCCUGGUGUUCCUCCAGAGGUAUUGGAUUGCUUCUACGACAACAUCGUCUUCGCCCCGUUUAUCUUCAUCGAGGACUCAGGAGAUCAUGGCCACCGCAAUACCCUUCCAGACCCUGUGAAUGCACGUCGAAUGUCUGUAUACAACGUCCCUCCAACACCCGGCUCGUCGACAUUGCUAGGCAAGGGCAACAAGAUAGACCCAUAUUAUCUCAUUACUCGAGAUCUGCUCAACGACCUGCGCGUGAACGUAGCUUCGAUCGUUCCUCCAGAGAGUCCUUAUUUUUACCGGGGCACUGGAGGUUCUUGGGAUGAAGAUGAGCUUCUGCGCGCCUUCACGAUGGCGGGCGCCAUCGCAAUCGUCACUGAAGGCCAGUACGGAACCACACCGUUCUUCGGGCUCAGCGUGUCAGGUGGUCCCGGUCCUUUACAGGCGCCAGUGACAGCAGGCAUGCCCACCCUGGGGGCAUACGGAGGAAUGGCCACCGUGAGGAUAACCAAGGUCGGAUUGCUGCUGCGGAAAGAAGACAUCGUCGAGGGUGGCCGGCGUGCGAUUAACCGUAAGUGGCGGGAAUGGUGUGUGGUGCUGACGGGCUCGCAUCUGCUCUUCUUCCGCGACCCGUCUUGGGUGACUUCGAUCCAGGCGACGUUGGCGUCAGGCAGGCGACAUGUUUCUCAGCCUCUGAUGCCCCAGCCAGACGAGUACGUCUCCGUGAAGGAUUGUGUCGCUGUCUUCGAUAAGUCCUAUUCGAAGCACCCACAUACCCUACGCCUCGUGUUACCUGAUGGGAAACACUAUCUCCUACAGACACAUGCAGAGCAGGAGAUGAACGAGUGGAUCUCUUGCAUCAACUAUGCCAGCGCGUUCAAGACCACCGGCAUCCGGAUGCGCGCGCUGGGUAUGGCAAAUCGCGAGAUCGAGCUGACGGGCAUCGCAGCUGCCGCCUCGCACGUGCGAGAGAUGAAGCAUCGAGCCACACCGGUAUCUCCGCGCGUGCACACAUGGUACGGCGGGCUAGACAUCGAUUUGCAGUCCUCUGCGCCAGCGUCGUCUCCGGCCGCGCCCCUACCGAAUUCAACACCGGUGAGGAAGUCGUCCGUCUCUACCGAGUCUUCGUCUGUCGUGAACGAGAGCUCGGCGAAACUGUUCAAGGCGACGUUCGACCAGGUGAAGACGGAGCUCGCGGCUUCCUCACGCUGGUCCGCCGAGAAUCCGAAUGGCAAGUCAAUCGCACGUCCGCGCACACUCAGCCUGGAGUCAUCCACACCGCGAUCCUCUCCUAUUCCACUGGGCUCAGGCUCGCACAGUGCAAAUUCGCACUCCGGCGAACGCUCUCGCCGGAUGUCUCGUUCAGACGUCAUCCGAAGAAAGCUGCACGACCUCGAGGAGCGGAUCUCGACCGCGCAGACGCAGCUCGAGACAGAGAUGCGGCUCGUGCGGAACCUGGCGGUGCUGACUCCGUUUCAGCGCGCGACGCGGGAACGCGUGCAGGUCGCGGUGCAAGGCGUGGCGAAGCGGAUCAUGCAGGCGCGGCUCGAGAUCGAGAAGCUCGUGUGCUACCGCGACGUGCUCGCGGACGACCUGCAGGCGGGCGAGCGCGACUGGGAGCGCACGAAACGCAUCGCGAUGCGCGCGGCGACGGACCGGCUUGCCUCGCAGGAGGUGGACAGACAAAAGCGGCCGCGGACGAUGGCGUCUGUGCCGGUGCGCUCGGGUCCGUCGGCCGUGAGCUCGCCUCUCAGUGUUCCCCACUCUGCGAGCACGUCUGCGAUCUCACAGGGGAGGGACGAGUCUAUUGGAGACGACUCGUUCCACUCUGCGCAGUCGAGUGUUGAGUGGCAGGACAUGAGCCCGGGGUGUGCUGCGUUCCUGGACGCGAGAGGGGUACACGAGGCGCACUCGUUCGACUCGCCGACGACGUCUCCGCUGGACACGUCGAACUCGAUGAGCAGGGAAUUCCCGUUCCCUGAUGUGCAUGAGCAGCCGCGGGUCGAGCCUCUCCCGGUGGAGGUCCAAAGCUCCGUGGAGAGCGCCGCGUCGGGCCAUCGCGCGAGCGAUGGCGGUGGGCACGAGAAGUUCUACACUGCGCCUGAGAUGCAGGAAGAGCAGGCGGAAGAAUGGAACAAGACUCGGGCCGCGAAGCGAGUGUCGCUGGUGAAGCUUCCGCCCGACCUGCGGAUUUCUGUGCUGUUUGGGAAGCACGGGCGGAGCGGCAGCGAGACGAUCUCGGAGGCGACCGCCACGGCGCCGUCGUCGCCCAGUGCUGGCGCGCCGGAAAGGCGUGCGUACGGACGGACGAUGGAGACGUUCACGAUGUUGGAUGUGUAGGAUGGUGUGCGGAACGGAAAGCGGGAAGGUGGAUUGAUUUAUUGAUUUCGUGUACACUUGGACUGGACUGGCAGCAUGAUUCCGCUUCGUAUCUGCAUCUGCACCCGCAUACGUUCGUUCUUGCAUAGAGUAGGAGUACACAUAUACCGCAUAAGAUAGUCUAGUGAGUUAUGGCGUAUGUAUAUUGGAGACGAUGAUCGCAGGUGCCUGCCG